ACCACACCAACCACGAACGGCGGUUCCGAAACAAGCUCUAUAACGUCUGGACGCUAAAUUAACAGCCCACCGGGAUACAUAGGGCACACUUUGGUAUUUAUCGUGCUCACUGGCGUGAAUGAGAAUUUGCAGCGAAGAUGACAAAGCCGAAGAUGGGUUUAUCGCGCCGGUGAAAGCGGGCGCUAAAGAGAUUUAAUGCGCCUACGAAUCCGUUAACCCCGUCACCGGCGGGCGCAAAACAGGAUAUCUCGGCGUUUCCUACCUCAGCUGCUGUGAAGUUUCCCUGGACGGUUUAUCCCAGCCAUGGCUUUGGUGACUCUGCAGCGCUCACCGACACCUAGCGCCGCAUCAUCGGCCAGCACCAACGCGGGAGAGGAUUUGGGGAGUGAGGAUGAUCGAAAGGCGAACAGCUUGAGUGAAAGCUUCUUCAUGGUUAAAGGGGCAGCUCUGUUUUUACAGCAGGGUAGCAGUACACAAGGGCCCAUAACACCAACCCAUCACAAAAAUGCUGGUGAUCUACCACAACACCUACAAGUAAUGAUAAACACCCUUCGUUCUGAGGACAGAAUUAAAUUGGUUGUUAGGUUAGAAAGUAGCUGGACAGACCAUGUGCGGUACAUGGUGGUUGUCUAUACAAAUGGGCGUCAGGACACAGAAGAGAACAUAUUGCUCGGGAUGGAUUUCACAGAUAAGGACAGUAAAAGUUGCUCUAUUGGGAUGACUCUUCCGAUCUGGAGUGAUACAAAGAUCCACUUGGACGGAGAUGGCGGUUUCAGUGUGAGCACUGCAGGAAGACUGCAUGUGUUUAAACCUGUGUCAGUUCAGGCCAUGUGGUCUGCCCUUCAGGUUUUGCACAAAGCAUGUGAGGUGUCCCGCAGAAACAACUAUUUCCCAGGUGGAAUGGCUCUUACUUGGGUAGGCUAUUACGAAAGCUGCAUCUCCUCAGAGCAGAGCUGCAUCAAUGAGUGGAAUGCUAUGACCGAUCUUGAGACCACACGGCCUGACUCGCCAGUUAUGUUUUCUGAUCAGCCAAAUGAGGGAGAGAUAACAGAGUGUAUGAUCAAAACCAAACUCCGAAACAUAAUGAUGUUUCAGGACCUGGAAAAUAUUACUUCCAAAGAGAUCCGAAAUGAGCUGGAACAACAUAUGAGCUGCAACCUCAGGGAGUAUAAAGAGUUUAUUGACAAUGAGAUGCUUCUUAUCCUGGGCCAGAUGGACAAGGCUACACUCAUAUUUGACCAUCUGUACCUGGGUUCAGAAUGGAACGCAUCCAACUUGGAGGAACUCCAAGACUCCGGGGUUGGCUAUAUUCUUAAUGUCACAAGAGAGAUUGACAACUUUUUCCCGGGUACCUUUUGUUAUUGUAACGUUCGUGUUUAUGACGAUGAGACCACAGAUCUGCUGGCACACUGGAACGAAACCUACAACUUUAUAGUUAAAGCCAAGAAAAACAACUCUAAAUGCCUUGUACAUUGCAAGAUGGGAGUGAGUCGCUCAGCAUCCACUGUUAUUGCUUAUGCCAUGAAGGAGUAUGGGUGGUCGCUUGAGAAGGCGUACAAUUUUGUCAAACAGAAGAGGAGUAUAGCACAACCCAAUCCAGCUUUUAUGAAACAACUGGCUGAAUACGAGGGGAUUUUAGAUGCGAGCAAUCAGCGACACAACAAACUCUGGCAACCGGACGAUGAUGAGUAUUCAUUGGAAGGCCUCCAGGCUUCAGCUGCCAGUGGUGACCAGAUUCCUCAAUUUUCGUCACUGCGCCCUGAUCAGGCGGACACUGGUUGGUGUCACGGGGGAGCAAGUGCUUCCCCCUGCUGUGGAGACGACCCGACAGACCACCUCAACUACAACUACUACUUCCGCCGACUUUCAGACACCGCUCUAGACAGCGAACCCUCCACGCCAGUCCGAGGUCCUCCCCUUUUAGGCAUGGAGCGAGUCUUUAUUGAGAUUGAAGACGUAGAGAGGGAUGCACUGUUGGAUGAUGAAGGUUUUCCCAUGGCUCACUUGGCCCUUCCCGGGGAGGGCACAGCGGCCCAGACCUGUAGCCGCCUGGAGCCUCUGGAGGACAUGCGUUUGCGGCUGGAGUUUAGCACAGUGGAAGAGGAAGAUGAGGAGGAAGCACAAAAGGAGGAAGCAGAGAUGGCAGCCUUGGCCCGUGGUGAGGAGACGCCGAAGGAAGACGACGGCCUGGCUAACUUGAACCGCUUUAACAACGAGAACGCCAACAACAGCAACAGGCUGGCUGGGAAGCGCAGCUGCCCUUCUGGCUUUGACGACAAUGCUAGCAUUGGAAACCCCUUCAAAGUGAAGCCCUCAUAUCAGUCGUGCCGAGACUGCCUGCGCCUGCCCAGCGGCCGCCGCUGUGAACGUCGCACCCAUCGCCUUAACCUGCCACGUCACGCUGGCCUGCCCAGUCUCUCCCCUGGAGGAAAGAAAUUCGCUACCACCUCCAUCAAUAAGGUGCCUGCCCCUCGGCAUCAUGUGUGCAGCAGGCACUGCCAGUGCACUCGUUGCUUCAGUCGAUCCAGCGCUUCUGCAGCGGUAAGCUUAGAAACUUACCGUAAGCGACUGCCUUUGCCUAUGAGCAGCGAAGACCUUCCUCAGGAUUUGCAUUAUUCCUUGGAGACUGAGGACAUAAUUCAAAGGCACAAAAUGGAGGGGGAAAAGACAGGGACCAAGAGCUCCAAAAGCCCGACUGCAGAUCUUACUCUUCUGAGCCUCAGUCUGGAUGCCGAGAGGCCUAUGGUGGAGCUCAGCCAAGGGGACUACUUGGAGACAUCGAUCCCUCCACCGACAUCCACACUGGUGCACCAUAGACUGGAGCAAUUUCCUGAUACUCAGUCAGAACUGAUGGACUUAAGUGCUACCGAGGACACUGCUACAGAGGACAUGGAAGUGGAAGAGGGGAUUGUCCCCGACGUGUUUUCUGGAUCCAGUGAACACCAGCUUAAUUUUACACCUGGCUCCUCUCUGACGCGCAGCUCCAGCAGCGACAGUCUGCAGAGCACAGGGAGAGGACAACCUGGCUUGGUGCGUCAGCGAACCCAAGAGAUCGAGACCCGCGUGCGCCUCGCCGGUCUAACCGUGCACUCCCAACUCAAACGGUCCAAUUCACUGGCUAAGCUUGGGGACUUGGCCAUCUCCACAGAGGACCUUUCACGUUCAGCCACAGUCUCCAUUGACAACGAGCCAGACCCUGCUCUUUGCGCGCAAUCCUCUUGCUCUCCCAAGCUCUCCUUAACUCCAACUGUACUUCAGAGCCUAAAAAGCUGACUUCUCAAAGAUGUCAGAACUGCUUUCUAAGUGAAUGCUGUCGCUCCGUGACACAUGGGCAAAGCCUUAAAGCCAUCGAGAGCUACAAUGGAGGCAAAUGCUGCAAGACAACUCAUGAGAACAAUCAGGCCAGGGUUGGACCUUCUUCCAGAUGCCCUUUACAUAACUGCACUGCAUUUCUCAUGUGUCUGUCUGUGCUUUGACUAAGAUGUAUAUUAAAGAAGCAUGAUCAGGCUUGGAACUUUAUUAACGGCUUUGUUAAUAAUGCUGUGCUUUGUCUUGCUUAAGCGAGGGAAGGUUUUAAUACGCAAAUUACCCAUCAAUUGGUGAUGUUGUCCAGACGUAACAAAACUUUAUUUUCCUAAAACCUCUACGUUUGCGUAGGGCUGAUUGUUCAGAUAUAUGUUUGAUCUUCAUAAUUUAUAUCUUAGCGAUGUGUAAUCCAAACUAAUCGAUUACCAACCACAUGAAUAACUUUCAAGCUGAUUCAAAUAAGGGUUACGUACCAUAAAGUGCCCAUAAGACAGUGGUUCUCAUCCUCUUUUCACUUCAAGGCCCCCCUGUUGUCCACAACAUUAUUUAAA